AUGGCAAGACCAAUACAGGACACAAACAUCAAAAGAUUCGAUGCAGAGACGAUGCAGCACAUUAUUCGACUCUACAACACGAACAUCGAUGGAACUAAGAAGGUGAUCUUCUCAAUGAGUCGAAUCAGAGGACUGGGAAUGAGAUUUGCAAGGGCUGUUGUGAUUAAGGCUGGAAUAAAUCCAGAUAAAUUUGCAGGAGAAUUGACACUGGAUGAGAUUGAUAUCAUUCAGAAGAUCAUUGCAGAUCCAUUGGCGUACGGAAUACCUGAAUACUUCCUGAACAAGCAGAAAGACGAGACAACUGGUGAGUCAAAGCAGCUGGUUGGAAUCAAGCUCGAUGGUGCACUACGAAUGCUCAUGGAGAAGGCAAAGAAGUUCAAGGAGAUCAAGGGAUGCCGACUCGCAAUGGGACUGAGGUGCAAUGGACAAAGAACCAGGGCAAAUGGAAGGAAGUUGAAGGCAUUUUCAGGCAAGAAGAAAUAA